AUGUACAGCUACAUCUUUAGGGCCGCUCGGGUUAAUAUAUGUCGUCAGAGGCUCCUCACGCCAAUCCCGGGGCGCCGGGGGCGGCGCCUCGCGCUCUCCGUACGCAGAUAUUGCUUUUCGGAGUGUUUGGUGGUAGGUAAUCGAGGCAAGGCAUUCCGCAGGCCGACGGGUGCAGUUUUGUGCGGGUCGAGAGCAGAGGCGGCGGGCUGCAGGGGCCCCACAAAGGGGCGGCUGAGCCCAGGCGGACGCGGGGCGCGGCGGGGAAGGCUGGGACGCCAGCCCCUCCGAAGACCUUGGGCGAUUUCAAAGCGCAGGCACCUCGAUUCCCCGAAUUUGUGGUGUGGCGGGUCCCGGUGUUCCCCUGUUUUAACUAGCCUGUUUGUUCCCUCCGUAGGUCAGUUUCCCUGGCGGCCUGGCCCUGGUCAUAACGUCUUAAGGCAGAGAACAGGGAGUGGAGAGCAGCUGAAGCCAGAUUCAUUGCAAAUUGUAUACAUGCCAGCAAUAUUUUCUUCCAAGCCGGGAGGAAAUCAUUCAACAUUCAGAGGAGGAAGUAAUUGCAAGUUUGCAUCCAUGCUCUGUGGAAACAGCCAAAACCUCGAGGAACAAAACGUGGAAUUGCAUUCUGCUUGCAAAGCAUCCAACUUCAAAGAAGAAAAGCAGAAUUCCAUUCAGAACACGUUUGGAGGCUUCUCUCAAUCGGUGUGGAGCCCGAGGACGCAGCCAGACAACUGCGGGCCGGGCCGGGUCGCCUCCCCGGGGAUCGCAAGGCCUCAGCCCUCGAAGGACAGUGUGCGCCCCAGACUGAGAUGCGGGGCUGCAGCCACAGCCCGGGACUGUUAGGGUGCAGGGGGCGCCACCCCUCACUUAGGCCUCUGCGCUGGCUGCUGGGCCGCUCCUGGUUAACGUCUCCUUUUGAUGCCACCGCCGCCUAGG